AUGGAGUUUUUCAAAAAUUUUGUUUUCCUCUUAGUUCUAUACCUGCUGCAGGGAUUGAAUACUUCCCUUGUUCGACUGAACAACAAUGGCUAUGAAGACAUUAUCAUUGCUAUUGACCCUGGUUUGCCAGAAGAUGAGGAACUAAUUGAGCAAAUAAAGAAAAUGGUGACUGCAGCUUCUACGUACCUGUUUGAAGCCACACAAAAAAGAUUGUUUUUCAAAACUGUAUCUAUAUUAAUUCCUGAAAAUUGGAAGGAAAACCCUCAAUACACGAGGCCAAAAAUUGAGAGCUACACACACGCUGAUGUUUUAGUUGCACCACCUACCGUCCCAGGUAGAGAUGAACCUUAUACCAGACACUUCACAGCCUGUGAAGAAAAGGGAGAAUUCAUUCAUUUCACUCCUGACUUUGUACUUGGAAAGAAAGAAAAUGAGUAUGGAUCAUCAGGUAGAGUGCUCGUGCAUGAGUGGGCCCAUCUCCGGUGGGGAGUGUUUGAUGAGUACAAUGAAGAUGAGCCAUUCUACAGCUCUAGUACAAGAAAAAUUGAAGCAACAAGGUGUUCCACAGGUAUUUCUGGUAUAAAUAGAUUUCAUAAGUGUCAAGGAGACAGCUGUAUAACUAGAACAUGCAGACGCGAUUCUCAGACCGGACUGUAUGAAAAAGGUUGUCAGUUUUUCCCUGAUAAAGAUCAAACUGAAAAGGCAUCCAUAAUGUUUAUGCAAAGUUUUGAAUCUGUUAUUGAAUUCUGUAAUGAAAAAAACCAUAACCAAGAAGCUCCAAGUUUACAAAACAACAAGUGUGACUUCAGAAGCACAUGGGAGGUGAUCAGCAAAUCUGAGGAUUUUAACCACACCGUGCCAAUGCAGGAACCACCUCCUUCCCCUGUCUUCUCAUUGCUGAGGAUCAUGCAAAGAAUUGUGUGCUUAGUUCUUGAUAAGUCUGGAAGCAUGGGGGGUAGCGAUCGCCUAAAUCGAAUGAAUCAAGCAGCCAAAUAUUUCCUGCUGCAGACCAUUGAAAAUGGAUCCUGGGUUGGAAUGGUUCAAUUUGACAGUAAUGCCAACAUCAGAAGUAAGCUAAUCCAAAUAAUAAGCAGCAAUGAAAGAAACAAGCUCUUGGAGCUGUUACCUACAGAGGCUUCAGGAGGAACAUCCAUCUGCUCUGGAAUAAAAACAGCAUUUCAGGUGAUUAGAGAGAAAGAUCCCCAAAUAGAUGGAUCUGAAAUAGUGCUGCUGACCGAUGGGGAGGACAGUACUGUAAGGAAUUGUAUGGAAGAAGUGACACAAAGUGGGGCCAUCAUUCAUUCGAUUGCUUUAGGACCACUUGCUGAUGCAACAAUAGGACAGAUGAGCAAUGUAACAGGAGGACAGUAUUAUUAUGCUUCAGAUGAAGCCCAGAGCAAUGGCCUUGUUGAUGCUUUCGGGGCCCUUGCAUCAGCAAAUGCCGAUGUCUCCCAGCAGUCUCUUCAGCUCGAAAGUACAGGAUUAAAACUCGACAGUAAUCUCUGGAUGAAUGGCACUGUAAUAAUUGAUAGCACAGUGGGAAAGGACACAUUCUUUCUCAUCACUUGGGUCUAUCAGCCUCCCAGUAUUUCUCUCUGGGAUCCCAGUGGAACACCAACGGCAAAAUUCACACUGGACGACAAUUCAAAAAUGGCCUAUCUCAGCAUUCCAGGAAUUGCAAUGGUGGGCAUCUGGACUUACAGUCUUCAAGCCAAGGUAAAACCAGAAACGUUAACGAUAACAGUAACUUCUCGGGCAGCCAAUUCUUCUGUAACUCCAAUCACAGUGAAGGCUAAAAUGAAUAAAGACACAAACAGCUUCCCCAGCCCAAUGAUUGUUUAUGCAGAAAUUCUACAAGGGUAUCUGCCCAUUCUUGGAGCCAAUGUGACUGCCUUCAUUGAAUCAGAGAGUGGAAACAUGGAAGUGUUAGAACUGUUGGAUAAUGGUGCAGGUGCUGAUUCUUUGAAAAAUGAUGGGGUCUACUCCAGGUAUUUUAUAAAUUAUACAGAAAAUGGCAGAUACAGUUUAAAAAUACGGGCUCAUGGAGGAACAAAUGCUGUGCGAAGCUUAAAGCGUCCACUGAACAGAGCAUUCUACAUACCAGGCUGGGUGGUGGAUGGAAAAAUUGAAGCAAACCCACCAAAACCGGAAAUUGAGGAUAUUCAGACAACUGUGGAGAGUUUCAGCAGAACAGCAUCCGGAGGUGCAUUUGUGGUUUCGAAUGUUUCAAAACUUCCCUUGCCUGAUCUGUACCCACCAAGUCAGAUCACAGACCUGGAUGCAAGCCCUGAUGGGGAUCAAAUUAGUCUAACCUGGACAGCACCAGGAGACAAUUUUGAUGUUGGAAAAGUUCGACAGUAUGUCAUAAGAAUAAGUGGAAGUAUCCUUGAUCUGAGAGACAAUUUUGAUGGUGCCCUUCAAGUAAACACUACUGGUCUGAUACCAAGCGAGGCCAACUCCAAGGAAAUCUUUGCAUUUAAACCAGAAAAUAUCUCAGAAGAAAAUGUAACCCACAUAUUCAUUGCCAUUCAAAGUGUAGAUAAAAGCAAUUUGACAUCAAAAGUAUCCAACAUCGCACAAGUAGCCUUGUUUAUUCCUCAAGCAGAUCCUAGUCCUGAUGAUAAUCAUCAGAAUCCUACUUAUAAUUCUGGAGUUAACAUUUCUGUCCUGAUAUUGUCAGUAGUUGGGUCUGUUGCAGUUGUUAGUAUUAUUUUAAGUACCACCAUUUGUAUUUUAAACAAGAAAAGAAAUGCAAGGAGACCAAGGACUGGGUUUUAA